UUGCUCCUGCUAUAACUCCAUUUAAAUGGACAGUUGACGCUGCAAGAGAAUUAAUUCAACUUCGACGCGAUAAUCAUGAUGAUUUUGAAGAGUUUGCUGCUACUCCCUCUCAAUGUCGAAGAAAAUGGUACUCAUUAAAAUAUGGGUACAAAAAUCUCAAGAAGUUGGAAGAUGGGAAAAAUCCCUAUGACUAA